GGUCAACAAAGCCAAAUGAAUGCUCCUCCACAGAAAUUUGAUGAUCUCAAACUCUGUCAUUCAUCUGUCCCUUCUCCCUCGGCUCACGUUCCUCCGCCUUUUUUCCAAUGUCGCCCUCUGCCGCCGUCUUCUCUGUUUACCCGUCAUCGGGCAUCGAAACCCUCAGAACAACUAGGAUCACAGACAGACACAUGCCACCACCACCACCAUCAUCAUCAUCUUCAUUUUCUCCUUUCCUUGGUAUCACUCUCAAACGAGCCUCGCUUCGGUCAAUCAAUCACGGUAGUAACAUGCCACGACGCACCACCCUCCUCAUGGAAUGGCAGGACUGCACGGUUAAAAUGGAAAUCGAUGUACCAAUUUCGGUAGCCUAUAAUUGCUAUUUGGAUAGGGAAGCGAUCCCUCGUUGGAUGCCCUUCAUUUCAUCUGUCAAGAUAUUAGAAGAGAAGCCUGAGUUAUCACGGUGGUCUCUAAAGUAUAGCGCAUUUGGGCGUGAUCUUGAAUUCUCUUGGCUUGCUCGUAAUAUGCAGCCAAUCCCAAAUCAAAAAAUCCACUGGAGAUCUUUAGAAGGUCUGCCCAACAGAGGAGCUGUACGAUUUUUUCCCAAAGGUUCUUCAUCAUGCUUAGUUGAACUAACUGUUUCAUAUGAAGUACCUCAAUUAUUGGCCCCUGUGGCAUCUGCGCUACAACCUUUCCUUAAGAAUUUGCUGGGAAACGGCUUGGAAAGGUUUGCAAAUUUUGCAAGGACAUACCAGCAUGAGUCUUGAUAAAACACAACACAACACAUUCAUCAUAUUAUCUUUUUUUCCGGGUAAAAUCUGAAGAAGCUGUGUAAAUUCAUUCUGUCAUGGUGAUGGUGAUGAUAUGUUUAGACUUUAGAUAGAUACUUUUCCUUAAAAGGAAAUAUUAUAAAAACAAUCAUUUUUCGGCUCACCCAUUUAUUUACAGUGGACUCCAUGUAUGUAUGUAUGUAUUAAAAACACAACGAAUAUUCUCCCUCCCUCUGCUUGUUUUGUUGACUUGGCAUCACACCCGACAGGUUUAUUUUGAAGCUGAAACACAUACUGCUAUUACCAUCAUAUGGGUUAUUUACAUGUCCCAUUUAUGGUUUCUUUUUUUAUUUUGAUUUAGGUUUAGGUUUGGUUGUUUUGUUGGGUUUGUUGAAGAUUCAUAUUAAAAGAAGGUGGUUUCCCUGAUAUAAAUUCUUAUACAUAUACGGAUUUUGGGACGAAGAUAGAACAUGAUUUUAUAUGCUCAUAUAUCCAAAUACAAACACAAACCCAAAUUGUUAGUUUGAAGAAGAUUGUAUAGGGUUUUGGACUUUUGGGUCUUAGGCUUCCGAUCCAAACACAAACACAUUCAAAAUUGUCACAUUUUGUAUUUGCUGUAUAUGAUCC